AUGCCUCUACCGUCCGAGCAAGCAACCGUUGACACGGGUCGUCAGCUACUCAGUACUUUGCAAGGCAUUUUUGGUCCCCAUCCCGGAUACCGGCCUGCACAUGCCAAGGGCAUUCUCCUGAAGGGGUCCUUUACCCCCACCAACGAAGCUGCAUCUCUUUCGGCGGCACCGCACUUUCAUCGAGAGUCAACACCUAUAAUCGCCCGCUUCUCAAGCUCAGGUGGGCUUCCUGAAUUGCCUGACACCGACCCCAACGGCAAUCCAAGAGGGCUCGCGGUGCGAUUCUUACUAGAAGAAUCCCCGCGCCGCGUACACACCGAUAUUAUUACACAUUCAACCCCCUUCUUCCCUGCAAAAGAUGGACCCGAGGCACUCGCCUUUUUCCGUUCGGUUGCGAAUGGCACAAUUGCCGAAUUCCUUACCACCCACCCGGCAGCUCUAGCAUUUGUUCAAGCGCCAAAGCCAUUCCCUGCCAGCUUCGCGACCGACAAAUAUUUCGGGGUGAACGCAUUCAAACUGGUCAGCGAAGAGGGGAAGGAGACUUUCAUCAGAUAUAGGAUCGCACCCCGAGCUGGGGAGUCCUAUCUGGACGACGACGAGGCGAAAACCAAAAGCCCUGCCUAUUUGUUCGAUGCAGUACCCGGGUUGCUAGCUCACGGGUCUAUUGAGUUUGAUCUUGAGGCCCAAGUCGCCGACGAAGGUGACGUGACGGAUGACUGCACGGUUCACUGGCCUGAUCACCGUCGCGUGGUCAAGCUGGGUGUUAUUUCGCUGGUGUCUGUCGUGGAAGACAACUUGUCUGAACAAAAGAGAAUUAUAUUUGAUCCGGUGCCUCGGGUGAAUGGCAUCGAGCCAUCUGAGGAUCCCCUCAUUGAUGUUCGGGCGGCGGUCUAUUUGAUCAGUGGCCGAGAACGACGAGCUGCGUAG